AUGACAGCUGUAUCAGAGGCCAACACCUAUGACUUUCUGUUCAAAUUUGUGAUUGUUGGACACUCUGGAUCUGGCAAGUCUGCACUGCUGCAACGAUUCGUUACGCAUCAAUUCAAGGCUGGGUCUUCUCAUACUGUUGGCAUUGAAUUUGGAUCAAAGGUGACCAAAGUUGGCAACAAGUCAAUCAAGUUGCAAAUCUGGGAUAGUGCAGGUCAAGAACGAUUUAGAGCCGUCACAAGGUCCUAUUGGCGAGGUGCAGCAGGAUGCCUCCUAGUAUACGACAUUACAAACCGUGAAUCCUUCGAAGCCUUAUCAAUAUGGUUGGAUGAUGCCAAGUCACUGGCAAGUCCUGAUGUUGCUAUAGUACUAGUUGGAGCCAAAGUCGACAUGGAAGAAUAUCGCGUAGUCUCGGUUAUGGAAGCCAACACGUUUGCUCAAGAACAUGGACUCAUGUUUGUAGAGACUAGCGCCCUUUCUGAUGAAAAUGUGGAGGAAGCGUUUAUGAAGGGUGCUAGAUCUAUACUACAUCGAAUUGAUACAGGAGAGAUUGAUCCAGACAGGUUGAAUUCAGGGAUACAGUAUGGCCAAAGUGCCAUCAGGACACUGCCAAAGGAAGUGAGCUCGAAUCGCUGCUGUGGGGUAUAUUGA